GCCGGCAAACGCGGACCGACGCCUCCGUAGGUACCAAUUUUCGGAUCUCAAUGCCUCGAUUUGAUUCUUUUUUCUCCUCCGAAUCGAUCAUUUUUCUCUUCAUGUUGGAAAUCGUCUCAAAACUAGGGCUAGGGUUUUAUGAGUUCAAGGUUUCUCUGUAACGAAACACUUGAUAGUUCUUUCCGAUUCUUGAAACUGGGUAUAAAGGGGGAGCUAUUGACUGACCAUAACAGGUCUCAGUGUGCCACAACCUAGUGAGAGGUCAUGGAAAGUCAAGUUGAGGAUAGUGGGCUGUUGACCCUGAAAAGUCCAUGUAAUGAGACAGACAUCACUUGGAGGCAGGAGUUGGAGCGGCAACAAUCUCAAGUUGAAACAUUAGAAGAAAAACUUUUGGAGGUUAAGGGUAAUACCCAAUAUUCUGAGGAUGAAGCAAAAAGUGAGUUAGAAUUUCUUUGGCAUAGAGUCAAAGCUACUGAAAAAUUGAUAGCCAACUUGAAAUCAGAGGCUAGAAUGAUGGCUGAUCCUCAUUUAACCUAUACUUCAUGUGGGAUUAAAUAUCUAGAGGGGGUUGGGUUUACUGAUAAGCGUGGCAUACCAUUAGCUGGUUGGUCUAAGGAUGUUGAUCUUUCUUCUUUUGAAAGUUCAGAUGAGGAGAUGCAACUGGCAGGUAGCAUGGACAUUGGAUCCAUCAAUGCUAAGGCUGGAGCAUCUAUUAGUGAUAUAUUGAAGUCAGUUCGUAUUGUAAAAAAUGUGAUGGAAUCUCUUGUUAAGAGAGUUAUAAUGGCAGAAACUGAAGCUGCUAGUGAAAAAGAAAAAGUGAAGUUUGGUUUGGAAGAAAUUGAAAGGAAAACGCUCCAAAUUGAGACCAUGUCAGCAAAAGUUGAAGUGAUGGAGAAGUUUGCAGUGGGUACAAAUAGUAUUUUGAAUGAAAUGUGGCAGAAGGUUGAAGAUAUGGUACAAGAAACAUCUAGGCAAAGACAACGAGCUGCAGAAAAUGAACAGGAGCUCUGUCGUGUGAAGCAGGAUUUUGAGUCACUGAGAUCCUAUGUUAACAGUCUUAUCAGUGUCAGAGAAAACGUGCUUUCAUCAGAGAAGCAAUUUCAAACAAUGGAGAAGCUUUUCGGCAGGCUAAUUGCCAAGACCACUCACCUGGAGAAUGAGAAGGCGCAGAAAGAAUCUGAAGUUCAGAAGCUCAUGGAGGAGAAUGUUAGUCUAAGAGCUCUGUUGGACAAGAAGGAGGCACAAUUGCUGGCCAUGAAUGAACAGUGCAAAUUCAUGGCAUUGAACAAUUCUAGCAUCUAGUUCAUCAUUUAUUAUCCGUCUUGCGACCCGAAGGCUGCCUUAUAAUGGGUGGAGAGAAGAAAAUUAGGAACAAAGAGAACCUACUGUGACUGCAAGAAAGUGAACUUGUUUUGGAUUAAAAAAGGUGGCCAUGAUGUAUUUCAAUUACGAAGUGCGAGGAAAUAGUCCCCUGAUCCUGAAGAGCAGCAUGAGAAGAGAGAACAGAAACCGUUGGUAAUCUUGAUGUGCAUAUGGUCCUUCAAAGAACCAGCAAAUCCAACAUAUGUUGAGGAUUAGGGUACGAAGGACCACUUGAGAAGAAAGAUGCUCUGUUUCUCAACAUUUUUUCUUCUAAUUAAUCUGUGACAUGAUUCAAUAACAUGCACCAUUCAGCUUGAGGUCUUGGACCUUAUGCCUCUUGUGUGUUUUGGAGAGGUUGGAUGUAGAUGCAUGUGGGGAGAACUAUCUGCACAAAAAGAAGCCGAAUCAUGUAUUGUAUGUGGUUUGGCAUGCGCAACAACUAUUACAGGAAUUCCGAGUUUGUCUGUUCUUUUGGA